GAGCCAACUUUCUUGUCGUUUUUCCUGCGUCCUUUGGAGGAAGUCCCCAGGCGCACGGAGCAAGUCUUGCUGGGAAUCCCUGGAGGGGGCGCACGCAGGACCUUGUCAAGCUGAGAAUGUCAGAAACCUCCAGGCCCGCCUUUGGAGGCAGGAGAGCAGUUCCACCCAACAACUCCAAUGCAGCAGAGGAUGAGCUCCCCACGGUGGAGCUGCAGGGCCCGAUGCCCCGGGGAGUCAACCUGCAAGACUACCUUAAUGUCACGAGUGUCCACCUGUUCAAGGAGAGAUGGGACACCAACAAGGUGGAUCACCACACUGACAAGUAUGACAACAACAAUUUGAUUGUACGUAGAGGGCAGACUUUCUACAUCCAGAUUGACUUCAACCGUUCAUAUGACCCCAGAAGGGAUCUCUUCAGGGUGGAAUACGUCAUUGGACGCUACCCUCAGGAGAACAAGGGAACCUACAUCCCAGUGCCUAUAGUCUCAGAGCUACAAAGUGGAAAGUGGGGGGCCAAAGUUGUCAUGAGAGAAGAUAGAUCUGUCCGGCUGUCCAUCCAGUCUUCUCCCGAAUGCAUCGUGGGGAAGUUUCGCAUGUAUGUUGCUGUCUGGACUCCCUACGGCAUACUCCGAACCAGGAGAAACCCAGAAACAGACACAUACAUUCUCUUCAAUCCUUGGUGUGAAGAAGAUGCUGUGUAUCUGGAUGAUGAGAAAGAAAGAGAAGAGUACGUGCUGAAUGACAUAGGGGUAAUUUUUUACGGAGAUGUUAGUGACAUCAAGAAUAGAAGCUGGAGCUAUGGUCAGUUUGAAGAUGGCAUCCUGGACACUUGCCUAUAUGUGAUGGACAAAGCACAAAUGGACCUUUCUGGUAGAGGGAAUCCUAUCAAAGUCAGCCGCGUGGGGUCUGCCAUGGUUAAUGCCAAAGAUGAUGAAGGUGUCCUCGUUGGAUCCUGGGACAAUAUCUAUGCCUAUGGGGUCCCCCCAUCAGCCUGGACUGGAAGCGUUGACAUUCUACUGGAAUAUAAGAGCUCUGAGAAUCCAGUUCGAUAUGGUCAGUGCUGGGUUUUUGCUGGUGUCUUUAACACAUUUUUGCGAUGCCUUGGAAUACCAGCAAGAGUUGUUACCAAUUAUUUCUCAGCCCAUGAUAAUGAUGCCAAUUUGCAAAUGGACAUCUUUCUGGAAGAAGAUGGAAACGUGAAUUCCAAACUCACCAAGGAUUCGGUGUGGAACUACCAUUGCUGGAAUGAAGCAUGGAUGACGAGGCCUGACCUUCCUGUUGGAUUUGGAGGCUGGCAAGCUGUGGACAGCACCCCCCAGGAAAAUAGUGAUGGCAUGUAUCGGUGUGGCCCCGCCUCUGUUCAAGCCAUCAAGCAUGGCCACGUCUGCUUCCAGUUUGAUGCGCCCUUUGUCUAUGCAGAGGUCAACAGCGAUCUUGUUUAUAUUACAGCCAAGAAAGAUGGCACCCACGUGGUGGAAGCAGUGGAUUCCACUCACAUUGGAAAAUUAAUUGUGACCAAACAAAUUGGAGAAGAUGGCAUGAAGGAUAUUACUGAUACUUACAAAUUCCAGGAAGGUCAAGAAGAAGAGAGAUUGGCCCUAGAAACUGCCCUGAUGUAUGGAGCUAAAAAACCCCUCAACACAGAAGGUGUCAUCAAAUCGAGGUCCAACGUUGACAUGGACUUUGAAGUAGAAAAAGCCGUGCUGGGAAAAGACUUCAAGGUCACCAUCACCUUCCAGAACAACAGCCCCAACCAUUACACCAUCUCAGCCUAUCUCUCGGGCAACAUCACCUUCUACACUGGGGUCUCAAAGGCUGAAUUCAAGAAUGAGACAUUCAAUAUGAAGCUGGAGCCUUUGUCCUUCAAGAAAGAGGAGGUGGUGAUCCGAGCCGGGGAAUACAUGGGCCAGCUAUUGGAACAGGCAUCCCUGCACUUCUUUGUCACAGCUCGCAUCAAUGAGACCAACGAUGUCCUAGCCAAGCAGAAGUCCACUGUGCUGACGAUCCCUAAGGUCAUCAUCAAGGUCCGUGGCGCUCAGAUAGUUGGUUCUGACAUGGUUGUGACUGUUGAGUUCACCAAUCCUUUAAAAGAAACUCUGCAAAAUGUCUGGAUAUACCUGGAUGGUCCUGGAAUAACAAGACCAAAGAGGAAGAUGUUCCGUGAAAUACCGCCCAACGCCACUGUGCAGUGGGAAGAAGUUUGUCAGCCUUGGGUCUCUGGACCACGGAAGCUGAUAGCCAGCAUGACCAGUGACUCCCUGAGACAUGUGUACGGCGAGCUGGACUUGCAGAUCCAAAGACAAUCUUCCAUGUAAAUCACACAGAAGGCUAAAUGGAUCUAGGCACUUAGCCUCUUGCAGUCUUAGCUAAGGAAAUUCUAAUGCAAAAAUAGUCAGCUCUUGCUUUAAUUUAGACAUGAAGACCCAGACAGGACUGGAGAGCACCCUAGAGUGGGGAUGCCACAUAUUUCAAAGACACACUUUUCAAAACCCUGGCUAUUCAGUUUUGGAAGUUGGUUUUUAAUUGCUCCACCUUCCAGAGGAUGCUGAGCAUUAGCUUUAAUUAAGCUCUAAUUGAUCUCUCAUAGCUCAUAAGAGUCAAAACCAUCAUCCAUCAUCACAAAUGGCUGCAGCUCCAAAUAUCAGAGGGCUUGCCUUAGUAGGGGGAUUUGCUCAAUACCUGGCCUCAUUUAAAACAACUUCUGAUUUCCCACUCAGUGUUUUAGGGGCAGCAUACUCCCUAAAAAGGAGGGAGAUACAGGAUUUGAGGCCUAGAAUUCUAUUCCCCUUUCUUGGAAUCAGGUUUUACCCUCUAUGUCAGAAUAUUUUUCCCAGGACUGGAGCACAACAUCAUUUUUCUUCUUGGCAAAGCCAGGGAAAGGUCUUUCAUCUUGCACCUGCAGCCAAGCGACUGCCUGCCAAAUUUCACAGAUUUACCUUGUGAAAAGAUGUGGCCUCAUAUUAACAAAUUUCAUUUGUGGGAAACUUAAUCACCUAUGAGGCGAUAAGAAAGCAGGUGCAAUACUCAGAUCUAUUAAAUAAUGUCGUUUUACAGUACAUUCUAUAGAAGGUGUCACACUGUGACCUGAUCAGCAAGAACCAAUAUCCUCUACUUUAACCCUUUCUAGGGUGCAGUACUAGAAAGUAAAGAGGUUGAUUUAUAACUGAAAUAUUGAAGAAUUUAUCUCCUAUUUAGUAUUUAUACUUCACCUGUCUCUCCGGGAUCAUCUUCUAUGCAAAAUGAUGCGGGCCCAGACCCUUUUACAAAGGUAGACUAAGCCCAACAAGCUAGAGAAGCUGGUAGCUUUAGGGACCAGGCAUGUGGAAGGACAGUGAUCACUGAUUCUCGCUUGUCCCCUUUACAUCACCCAUGAUGAGACCUCAGCCUGGCACUCAGGUGCUGACAGGUAAUACGGACUCAGCCUUGCAAAUUGCCAUUGUUAGUUCUGAUUCAACAGCAGAGGACACUGACGUCCUUUGUAUUAUGCUCCAAGGCUUCAAUGGACAAGAUCACCUGAUAUUUAUUUGCAAGGCUGAUUUGUAGUAGAAAUUUUCCUUGGAUAUGCCUAGGUCAGUAAACUGAUUCUUCCCAAAACAUGAACAGUGGGAAGGAUGCUGAGGCUGGGUGGGGGUGGGGAACCAAAAAUGGAAUGUUCUGGUUCUACAUUUCUAAGCCUUGAAGACUCUUCCUGAGCCUUCAGCACUAACCUAUGAGGAGGGUUAUCUGGACCCCUCUAUAGAUACGUUGCACAUUAAGUCCAUUAAGAUAUCUCUCAAGCCUUUCAAUACCCAAUUUUAAAGUGAAAUGCAUAUUGCUUCAUGGUUCAACUGGCUUAACUUAGUAAAUCUUAUUCAUUAGAAUGUAAUAGAAGCUUAAAAUAAAGUUAAUCUGAUUAUGUUUGCA